GAUUCGGAAAAGCGGAUAGCCCGACCCGUUAUAUAUUUCUGAAUUGGGUCAAUUGAAGUAAAAUUUCUGUUGCAAAAGAGCGAAGGAAAAAACCUCAAAUUUGACUAAGUUUCUCUCCACCAUCCGUUGCCGGAAACAGCAUGGUACGAUUACAGCCUGAUCCCUUCCUCAAUGAACUCACCAAUAUGUUUGAGCGGACUACAGAAAAGGGCUCUGUGUGGGUUACUUUGAAGCACUCUUCUGACAAGUCCAAGGUUAAGAGGAAUAAGAUGAAGACCGCCGGGGAAAAGAUUGAAUUUAAGUGCCUCAUUCGAGCUACAGAUGGAAAGAAAACUAUUUCAACAAUGGUCGGUCCAAAAGAUCACCAACGAUUCCAGUCCAGUUAUGCAACUAUCUUGAAAGCCCGGAUGACUGCCUUGAAAAAGAGGGAGAGGAAGGACAAGCGAAAGGUGGCAGAUUCCGAUAAAAAGCAGGACCAGAAGAAGCAACCCACCAAACCCUCUAACUAAACCGGUACAUGGAGGCAUUCUUGGAGCUUGUGGGGGAAGCAAAAUCGAGAUUAAGAAAGAGAGGGAAAGAAAGGAGAUGCUCCUCUUGAGCUCAUUUGGUUCUAUUCCAAUUUAGUUUGCUUCCAAACUUGAGAAUUAAAGAAGUAGGAUAGAUAGCGUAGAAUAGGUGCAUGUUGAUUUUAUCACACUUGUAGGCAUGUACUAUUUCCAUCAUCCAUGUAUUUUAUUCCUCAA